CUUCUGCGCAUACGUGCAACUUCGCCAAAAAGAUGGCAACGAUCUGUCAACAGCAGCUACGUUUUAUCAGCUACCAUGCCACUAACCCGUUGACACUGAGCGAGAUCGCGAGAAAUGAGAGCUUCCGCGACGCGCUUCGAAAGAUGCUGAAUGACCGCGAGUGCUCUCUGUAUUAUAGACAAUUUUAACGGACAUCAGCUAUCGUAUUUCUCUCGUGCGCCAGGAUUCUUGGACGUCUACCGCGAUGGCACUACAAGAGGACGAAAACACCUGGGUAUUAGAAUUGGAAGCGGCACUUCUUGACACGGAAGCACCAUCCGCGUCUGACAUAUAUGCCAUUUGUAAGGGCCAACCAGUACCUGCGACUUUGAGACCAGAUGUUUGGCAGGCUUGCCUCUAUGUUACUGAUCAAGGUGAUCAAUUGAGUCAGUUUAACGAGGUUUACGACUUACCCGAGCAAAAUAUAAUCCGUGAUGAUUGUCAACAAUUAGUUGCAAAACUGGGGAACGACGACGAGGAUAAAGUCUCGGUAGUUUCUGAUCUCGAAUCCAUAUUAACAUUUUAUUGCAAGAGUAAAUGCAAGCAAUAUGAAAAGGGAAACGGAUGGUUGGAAUUAUUGGGUCCUUUAAUAGCCUUAAAGUUACCACGUGCUGCAACUUACAAUCUUUUUGAGGCGAUAAUAGAUAGCUAUAUUCCAAGGGGAGAAACAUAUAGCUCGGUUCUGAGAUUACUGCUACUUUAUCACGAGCCGGAACUAUGUUCGUUUUUGGACACAAAAAGGAUAUCACCUGAUCAGUAUACAAAAGUAUGGAUGAACACAUUGUUCGCUGGUGUUUGUUCAUUACCAGCAGUUUGUACAAUGUGGGAUCUGUACUUCAUGCAAGCCGAUCCAUUUUUCAUGUUAUUUCUCUCACUUAUCAUGGUCAUAAACGCCAGAGAGCAAAUUCUCAGUAUGAAAGAUGAAGACAAGCAAAAUAUAAUAGAUACCAUAGCACUGAUGCCGUGUGCUCUGGAAGCGGAGGACGUAACCGAUUUUUGCUCCUUGGCACAGUACUAUGCAAUGAAAACACCAACGUCCUUCAAACAGGACUUGUAUCCCGUCAUGUUUGGCGAGAGCUCCGAUGAGAAGUUAAUAUCUCAUGCGUUGUGCUUACCCGUAUCGGCACAGGAACUAGUGGAGAACGCUAUCGAAGCUCCAUCCGCACCUAAUAGCACUGUUGAAGCUGUCAGAUUCUUCCUUGUGGAUUGCCGACCGGCCGAACAGUAUAACGCAGGUCACUUGCCAACAGCGUUUCAUCUCGAUUGUAACUUGAUGCUUCAGGAACCUGCCGCGUUCACGACGGCAGUGCAAGGUCUACUGCAAGCUCAGCGUCAAGCGCUAGCCGUGGGCUCGCAAGCUGGCGGAGAGCAUCUUUGCUUCUUGGGAAGCGGUAGGCAGGAGGAAGAUCGUUACACGCAUAUGGUAGUGGCAUCCUUUCUACAGAAGCAUACGCAAUAUGUAAGCAUGAUUACUUCCGGAUAUCAAGCCAUUCACGAAUAUUUCGGUGACGAAGUAGUAUCGAGCCUGAUCGAUCAUAAUUCGCAACAUUGCCUGGUGUGCAAUGUCGAUAUGCUGGAAGAGAAUUCGAACGAGCCAAGCCCAGUUAAGGUUCGAAACAAUAAUUCGGAUCUGCUGGGCAAGAUUGGAUUGGCCAUGAAGCUAAAGAGCCAGGAGGUAAAGGGAAAGCUGUUCGAUUAUAUUGUUAAUCCUACGGCGAACGUUAAUAGCAAUACGGAGAGGAAAGAUGGGAAGGAUCUGGAUUAUAUUAAACGUCAGAGAAAGACCGCACCCGUGUUCAGUAUAGACGACGAUCAAGAAUUAGAUAUGACAAUGACUAAUAACGAAAGCGAAGAGCCUAUUGAAGUAGUGUCUAUACAGCAAUGGAUGAAAGAUCCUAAGCUAUUACAUUCCUUUAAAUGCCAAGAAGUAAAAGUUAAUGGCGAUCUCUGUGAUAGUCAACUGCUGGUUACCGAUAGUCAUCUCAUAGUAUUGCGGGAAAUUCCGGAGCGGAAGGGUGCCGCGCACGUAAUCGUAAAACGUCCGUUAAUAAGUAUCGUUAAAAUCACUUCGAGGAAACGCCACGCCGAUCUGAUAACUUUUAAAUAUGGUACAACGCAAUAUAACGACACGGUUAUUUCCGAUAUGGAUAAGUUUCUUAUACCGAACGCAAGCGAGGCGACCAAACUAAUCACGCAACAAAUUAUGAAACAACUAAAAACGUCAGACUAAUAAUAAUACGACCCGCGUACUUUAUGAGAUUUCAAGUUACUGUACAGACGUCAUGCAAUUUAAUUGCCGAGGAACAGUUUCUCUAAUAAAUUCAUUUUCUCAUUUUGAAAAUUGCAAAAUUUUUUUUUACAUAUUUUAUCUAAAUUAUUAGUUGUUUUUUUGUUAUAGUAAUAGUUAGUUUGUUUCACAUUAUAAGACUAGUAAAUCUGAUGUACAUGUAAAAAGAAGUAGUUAAAAGUUAAGCAAUAUUUGUUGUUAAGAGUAAAAUCUCUUUGAUGUUGAUCAUUAAACUUUUAAUAUAUGGAAAUCAUAAUUCAGUAGUUUCGUGAAUAGACAAAUUUGAUUGCACACAAUUUCUUAUGUAUUCUUAUCAUUUUCGUAAUCAUUACAACAAAAUGACUGACUUAAAAACCAAUGCGUUCAUAAUUUGUAAAUUGCGUCUAGCCGUAUACACACGAGAAUACAUUUCUAACAAAAUUACAUUUUUCUAACAGGCAUAUACAAACAUUUCGAAGAAACAAGAUUUUGAAUAGGAAUAUCGGAGGGCCUUUUACUUUUCGUUGCAACAAAAUCGGCAUAAAAUCUUUGCGUCGCUGAAUUAGUUAAGAUUGUUAUAUUUAAUUAGACUGAAAUUGGGUAGAAAUGUAACGGAAAGGAAGUUAGAAGCUAACAGUUGAUACUAAUCAUACAUAUGUGCCUGACUAAUGCACAUUGUUAAUUGUUUUUGGUUGUGUUCACAUGCAUAGCAUAAAUAACUGUUAAAGCAAAAGUAUUUAUCUAGUUUUAAUUGGCAACAGGCCCUAAGUGAUUUCAAUACAUUUACUACAUGCGUUUAUAUAAUAUUUGCAUUUUCUACAUCACUGUAUCGCCAUGAGUUUUCAUAGAAACAAAUUUCUUUGUACAAAUUAUAUGAAUAUUGGGGGCACAAAAUUUUUACAGGCAAAUAGCACUUUUCAUAUUAUCUGACAUUUUCAGACAUUUCAACUAUUCUAACGUUAUAAAAUAUUUUAAAAGAAAACUGUAACAAUUAAAUUCUUUAUGUGCCCUGUAAGAAUAUUAUUUUUCUUAUGACAUUUUGCACUAUAAAAAACAAAGAAUAUCUUUCUUAUGACGUUAGCUACGUUAGAAUUGGACGAUUUAUUUCAGGAAUAUAGUUCUGCGAUAUAUUUAUAAUAAUUUGUAUAAGUAAUUAACAACUCUGCAUUGCCUCGUUAUAAUCCGUGACUAACGUGUAUAAGUGAGUUCUCUUCAGUCAGUUGCUAUUUAAAUACGAUGAUUUGAGAAUAUGGUUCUUUUACGUUCAGUUAUUUACAUAUGAAUUAAACUCAUUGAAACGAAUAAGAAUGUGAAAGAUGGAAAUUAUGAAAAACCUAUAUAUCAGAAAUCUAGAAUGUAAAUAUAUAUAUGUUGUUGAUAGUUUGAGUAUUAAAUGCUGGUAACUAUACAACAUAUACAUAAAAAAUUGAUGAUACACGUAAUGAGGGAUAAAAUUUUUCCAUGUAUGUGCUUCCAAAUGAACAAUUUGGAAAGAGGAGUUGCAAACGGAUCGCACGUAAAGCAGCAAUUGAAAGAGUCAGCUUUUAAGAAAUUAAACAUAAAACAUAUUAAAAUCUUCGAAAACUCUCAUGUAUAUGUGCAUAAACGUGUAUAUAAAAAAGGCCAUGUAAUAUAAUAAAGAUAAUAUAUAAUAAAAGAUUUUAACGUAGAUAA